AUGAAGUUCGUCCAGUCUGUCAUCCUUGCUCUUGCAGCCACCGCUAGCACUUCUGCUGCUUUCGCCCCGGCCUCCACCUUCGGUGUUCGCAGUGCCCCUGCUUUCAACUUCGAGCUUGAGGCCAAGAAGUCCAUCUCGGACCUCUCUGAUGAAGAACUCAAGGGCAAGAAGGUUUUGGUCCGAUGUGAUGUCAAUGUUCCUCUUGAUGGAAAGAAGAUCACCGAUGAUACCCGUAUCCGUUCUUCCAUCCCCACCAUUGAGUACUUGAAGAGCAAGGGAGCCAUUGUCUCCGUCUGCUCUCACUUGGGACGCCCCAAGGAUGGCCCAGAGGACAAAUUCUCCCUUGCACCAUGCGCCGAACGCAUGAGUGAAUUGCUCGGACAAACUGUCACCCUUGCCCCCGACUGCAUUGGUGAUGAAGUGAAGAAAAUUGUUGAUGAAGCCAAGGAAGGUGAUGUCAUCAUGCUUGAAAACACUCGUUUCUACAAGGAAGAAACCAAGAACGAGCCUGGAUUCGUUGAGAAGCUUGCCGCUCCUUUCGACAUGUUCGUCAACGAUGCUUUCGGUACCGCCCACCGCGCCCACGCCUCUACCGAGGGUGUGACCAAAUUCCUUCAACCAUCUGUCUCUGGAUUCCUUCUUGCCAAGGAAUUGGAAUACCUUGAUGGAGCCGUCACCAACGGAGAGAAGCCAAUGGCCGCCAUUGUUGGAGGAUCCAAGGUUUCCACCAAGAUCACCGUCCUUGAGGCCCUUCUUGACAAGUGCGACAAGGUCAUCAUUGGAGGAGGUAUGGUUUUCACCUUCUUGAAGGCCAAGGGACUUGGAGUUGGUACCUCCCUUGUUGAGGACGACUUCGUUGAGACCGCCAAGGAAGUCAUGGCCAAGGCCGAGAAACUUGGAAAGGAAAUCAUCCUUCCCACCGACAUCAUUGUCGCCGAUGCCUUCGACAAGGAUGCCAACACACAGGUUGUCGCUGCUGAUGCCAUCCCCGAUGGCUGGAUGGGACUUGACAACGGCCCAGAGACCACCAAGGCCCAGAAGGAAGCUCUUUCUACGUGCAAGACCGUCAUCAUGAACGGACCCAUGGGAGUCUUCGAAUUCGAAAAGUUCGCCGCCGGAACCUUCGACUUGGUCAACAUCUUGGCUGACAUCACCAAGGACAACGGAGCCAUCACCAUCAUCGGAGGAGGAGACUCUGUUGCCGCCACCGAACAAAGUGGACGUGCCGGAGACAUGUCCCACAUCUCCACCGGAGGAGGUGCCUCUUUGGAGCUUUUGGAAGGAAAGGAACUUCCAGGUGUCAUCGCCCUGAACGACGCCUAA